CCCUGAUCUGAGCAUUCCUUCAUUUCUCCUAGAAUACAACCCAGGCCCUGGUAAUAUCCGUUCGUUUCCCCUCUCUCCCCUUCCUUCUUUUGUUCGCCCUUGCGGCUCGUCAUUCUUUUGCCUUUGGCUGUCUGUCGCUCCUUUGCAACACCCACACUCGCUAUCAAUACCAUCGACACUCUUUUCUGUGCAGACUGAAUCAAGCAACAAGCCAACAGAUUGGAAGUCCUGGCGGCUAAGGGUAGGAUUCAUUCACUUUGAACGUUCACCGUCACCACCCAUCACGUCUGCCAAAGUAUCCCUCACUGGACCGCCAAUUGAUAUCCGCUCGUCACACUCGAACAGCGAAAGCAGCAAACGAUAUAAGCGAGCGCAAAGUGAUCGUCCUCGAUAAUCAAGCGCCACCAAGGACCGCAUUUCUUCGACUAUACCCCUGAUAUCACCAACCGUACAUAUCAGCCAUGAAGUCCACGACUACCCUCUCCGUCGCUGCGGCGCUCCUCUCUGGUUCCGCUGAGGCUUUCUGGCGCAUGCCCUGUUAUUCCAGGACUGCUUUCCUCCGUCUCGAUCCCAUUGUCGACCCGGGUGUCGUCUCCUCCCACGGCCACGUCAUUCACGGUGGUAGCAACUUCGGCGAAUCGACUACCUACGAGGACCUUCGAGCUUCCAACUGCUCAUCUUGCCAGUUCUCCGACGACAAGUCUGCCUACUGGACGCCCUCCCUGCACUUCGCCCACACCAAUGGCAAGACUGAAGUCGUGUCCCAGGUCGGCGGUAUGCUCGCAUACUACCUCCUCCUUGGAGACGACAUCCAGCCCUUCCCCGAGGGUUUCGAAGUUCUCGCAGGUGACUCUCGCCUGCGUAACUUCAGCGGUACCGUCCCCGACCCGCCAACAUCAUCCUGGGGCGCCGAGGACAUGACCCAGGAGUCGCUCGGCCAGAAGUCCCUCGGCUUCAACUGCCUCAACUACGACCGCGCGCCCGAAGGCUCUCGCUACCGCCACUUCAUGCCGGACAAGGACUACCUCGACGCCAACUGCAUCGACGGUAUCCGUGCUGAGAUCUUCUUCCCCUCGUGCUGGAAUGGCAAGGACGUCAAGUCCGAUGACCACAAGUCGCACGUCGCAUAUCCCAACCUGAUUGACGGUGGCAAGUGCCCCGAAGGCUACGAGACCCGCCUCCCCUCCCUCUUCUACGAGACUAUCUGGAACACCUACGCCUUCAAGGGCAAGUCUGGCCAAUUCAUCUGGUCCAACGGCGACCCGACCGGCUACGGCUACCACGCUGACUUCAUCAACGGCUGGAACACGGAAACACUGCGCUCCGCUGUCAACGACUGCACGAACCCCUCCGGCCGCGUCGAGGACUGCCAGCACUUCACCCCUUCGCUGCAGACUGAAGCUGAGCAGGGCGAGUGCAAGAUCGAAGACAUCCCCACCGCGCUACUCAACGACGACUGCGGCGGACCCUCUGACGGCCUCUGCGGAAACGUGCCUGUUCAGUAUGGCCCUGAGUACGCUUCCGCGCUCCAGCCCGGCGCGACUGAGAAGCCCACCGGCGGCGUAUCAAUCACAUCCGUCGCCCCCGUCCCUACGCAAUCCUACGCACCCGCUCGCUCCAAGAUCACAGACAAGUGGGGUGGCGGUAUCAGCGUGUACAACGUCAAGACCUCCUCUGUGCCCGGUCCCUACAACACCGAUGCGCUUGAUGUUGCUAAGCCGAGCAAGGCCGCUGCGUCAUCUGCUGCGGCGCCGGCUGUUACGCCCAGCCCGUCUCUUGAGGAUGCAGCGGACCCUGUCGGCAGCAUCAUCUCGACUAAGAUCUACACUGAGGGCGGUAUUGUGUACGAGGUCGCGAUCGAGGAGGUCGUCGUUACUACCACUGUUGAUGCAGCGUACCGCAAGGCUAGGAGGCACGCGCAUGCGCACCACCGCCGCGAGUUCCACUAAGCAUGUCCCGCAUCUUUGGUGCCUCGACUCCAGCCCUCAGUAUUCUUAUUGCAUCAUGAUACAGCAGCAUGGGCGGUGUUCGCGUGUCAAAAGCUCAAAAAGCUUCCCCCUUUAACCUCCUCGCGAGACGAUCUGAUUCCUCCUGGUGUGCAUGUUCUGGCGGGACGGAUUGGAUUUUGGUAUAUAGCAAAGAUUUGGAGGCUUGGUGACUGAUGGUUCUCUUCUUCUUGCGUACUUGCGUUGCCUUUUGCGUUUUGGCGCUGUAGUAGAAGGCUGUGCCGGAUACGCACGUGCUUGCUUCACUGAUAGAAUGAAAGAAGGGGGUAGUGAUGACCUUGUUGCUACUCGGCUUGUUUUAGUUAUGAUAUCCAAUACAUUGCAAGAUUCGCCCCGA